AUGUCGAAUUUUCCAUCGACACUUCCGGUGACAUACACAGCUUCCGAAAAGGCCGAGCCUUCAGAACCAACAAUUGUUGUAGAGGCAUCAAGGAUUAUACGAAGUUAUACGACAGGCGUAACGCCGACCGUUCUCCUUGACGAAUCAAUGAUUCCGCUUGUUGGAACACCUCAUCCUAUGGCUUACAUCCCAAUGGAGGACGUGUUUACGUUUGUCGAUCGUCGUUCUAAUCAGGAGCUCCCUGCGAUCACAGAGGAGAUCGAGGCGUCUCAGGGCAAUUUUGAAGUGAGAAGGUCUUCGAUUGGAAGCUAUAAGGGAACUGUGAUCGACUCCAGCAAAGCGAAUUAUGUCGUCAUUAAACUGCUCGGUGAAGGUGGCUUUGGUGCAGUGUUCAAAGUACAUGAUCAGAAGGAUCCGACCAAACUAUUCGCCAUGAAAGUGGAGAAGAAAUUAGAAACUCGGAAACAUUCGAAGCUCAAAAUGGAGAUAGCCAUCCUAAAACUCGUGUCACAAGAACGAAAACUAUCUCACUUUACUUCAAUUAUCGACCGAGGAAAAAAGGAAACUUACUUCUUCUUGGUCAUGGAAUUGGUUGGAAAGAGUUUAGCUGAUUUGAAGCAUCAUCGGCCGGGUCGGGAAUGGCGAGCACCUCCAUCAAAAUUUCAAAAAAUUUGUGCUCUCACAUGUUUGCGCCUUGAAGCACCGCAAAAGUUGCUGAAUAUCGUUGUUCGCGCUAAAAGAGACUUCAUGAGUCAGAGGUUUCAAACAGCCAGUUUCCAGGUUUUCACAAUUUCAACCGGUCUCGGCGCAUCUAUUCAGUGCCUGGAAGCCUGUGAGGAUCUUCAUAAAUAUGGGUUUAUACAUCGCGACUUGAAACCAGCGAACUACGCGUGCGGUUUAGGAGAUAAGAAGCGAGUUACGUGUAAAUCCAAGUUUUGGGCAGAAUCGGUAGAGCCACCACCUAUUUUCAGCCUGAGUGAACGC